CAGGGAUUUUGCUUUCUGACGAGCACUGAAAAUUUUUAAUCAUGACUGAAUUCUGGUUGAUUUCUGCUCCCGGGGAGAAGACGUGCCAACAAACAUGGGAAAAGUUGCUGGCGGCAACCACGAAGAGUAACAAUCUGUCUACCAACUCAAAAUUCAACAUUCCGGACUUAAAGGUUGGCACUCUGGAUGUGCUAGUUGGGCUGUCUGAUGAACUUGCAAAACUAGAUUCAUUUGUAGAAGGAACGGUGAAGAAAGUGGCUCAGUACAUGGCUGAUGUUUUGGAGGAUAGCAGAGAUAAGGUUCAGGAGAACCUUUUGGCCAGUGGAGUUGAUUUGGUGACAUACAUUACCAGGUUCCAGUGGGAUAUGGCAAAGUAUCCAAUUAAACAGUCCUUAAAGAACAUUGCUGAAAUAAUUGCAAAAGGCGUAACCCAGAUUGAUAAUGACCUUAAAGCAAGAGCCUCUGCUUAUAAUAACCUGAAAGGAAAUCUUCAGAAUCUCGAAAGAAAAAAUGCGGGAAGUUUAGUAACUAGAAGCUUAGCUGAAAUUGUGAAAAAAGAUGACUUUGUGCUGGAAUCUGAAUAUCUGGUCACUCUUUUGGUGGUUGUACCAAAAUUAAACUACAAUGACUGGGUUAAACAAUAUGAAACACUUUCCGAGAUGGUGGUUCCACGUUCUAGCAAUGUUCUAUCCGAAGACCAGGACUGUUAUCUCUGCAAUGUUACUUUGUUCAGGAAAGCUGUAGAUGACUUCCGACAUAAAGCCAGAGAAAAUAAAUUUAUUGUUCGCGAUUUCCAGUACAAUGAAGAGGAAAUGAAAGCCGAUAAGGAAGAAAUGAACAGACUCUCCACUGAUAAGAAGAAACAGUUUGGCCCCUUAGUUCGAUGGCUCAAAGUCAAUUUCAGUGAAGCUUUCAUUGCUUGGAUCCAUGUUAAAGCUUUGCGGGUGUUUGUGGAAUCUGUUUUAAGGUAUGGCUUACCGGUCAACUUCCAAGCAAUGCUGCUUCAACCCAAUAAGAAGACCAUGAAAAAACUGAGGGAGGUUUUAUAUGACCUGUACAAACACUUGGACAGCAGUGCUGCAUCCAUAAUUGAUGCUCCAAUGGAUAUUCCAGGAUUAAACCUCAGCCAGCAAGAGUACUACCCAUAUGUAUACUACAAAAUUGAUUGCAACAUGCUUGAUUUUAAGUAAAAUAAAGCUGUAGUUGUAUUGUUGGAUCAGAAAUGAGUAUGAAGUACAGCAACACCCUGAACCCUGUGCUUGCUCCUCAUUUCCUCUCCCAAGGUGAUUUCCCCUGUAGUUGUCAUUUGCUACUUAUUUUCUCCCUUAUUUUAAAAACCGUUCUAUAAAUAUAUUGUUGCUUUUAAUCAAUGAGAUAUUUAAAUGUCUACUGAGCAAAUCAGAAUUUAUGUAUAAAGAGAUAUAUUUAAAGUCCUGCGGUGCAAGAGCAUAUGGUCGGGCAUUGCCGAGCUAUUGCUGACAGACCAAUCAGCACAUAGGGUUAUAUUUAACACUUCAUUCCUCAUUUGUACGGUGAUCAGCAUUGAGUUGACUUGUUACCACUGCUCCUUUUAGAUCUUGUUUACAAGGGGUCAUGGUGUAAUUGUUUUAUGCCAUUCCAUUCACUGUAUUUAGUUCAUAAAUGGUGUUUAAAUGUGAAGUUGUGAUGUUAAGUCCAUGUAAUAUUUAACUUAUGUGCUUUCUGAAUGUUUCAUAAAGAUCCUAGAGCACUGUUGGUACACACAGGAAGAAUUAAAUGUACCUGUGCAAACAA